UGACCGGUGUGAGAGAGUGAGUUCCGAAACACGUGCGAGUUGCUGCGUACAGCCAACAUAAACACUCGCUCUCCUGCGCCGUGCAGCCGAACUCGGAUUCUGCAUUCUUGAGCGGACAGCAUCACACACAUAAAGCAGAGCACAAAACUCCACGGUUGGCAAAACCAGAUGAGCAUGAGAGCAUUAAAACAACCCCGCAGCAUCAUCUCGGGCUGGUCAUCAUUUUCCCCCCUGGUUACACCACAAACCCGGAUGACCCGAUAUUUGCAUGCCUCUGUGUGUGGGAGCGUCAUGCGUCCUCUGGCCGAGCUAUUCGAGAUCUCGGAUCUGGUGAGUGUGUCUGACUUUUUUUUUCGUUUGCUUUAUAUUGUCGAUUUUUGGACCACCACCUUCUUUAUUUCGUUUCGCUCCUUUGGGUCCUUCCAGCUUUUUUUUUUCGUUUGACAUACUGGAACAUGCUCCACAUCAGAAGUGGAGAAAGUGAGCGGGAGUGCCCGGGGGGAUGAUAGAGGGGGAAGAAAUAUCGGUUGGGAGUUUCGCACGCGGUAAAGAAUGGAAACGGUGGGUGGCCGAAAAACGAGAAGAAAAAAAAAUAUAUGGUCGGGAGCAAAAUCGCUCGCCGCACACACAUCGAACGCCGGAAGGUGCGCUCAGUUCCGACCGAAAGGUUUGUUGCUCCGGACGCGUUUUCGUGAAACUCGUAAAAGGUCGCACCGUGUGCCGCGGUUCCGGGCGUAAAAUUUCUUUCACCAAUCGGAAUCGGUUUUCUUUCUGUCGAGGGUGAAGAGGUGUGUGCGCGAGUGUUGUUUUGUUAGUGUGCAUGUGUGUGUGGCAAAUUUAUUCCACGGCCUCCAUCCCUUAAAUUGUGCGAGUAAUUGUGUAUUUUUUAAAUGCAAUUGUAGUGAAUAUUAAUUUACAGUUUUUUCAGCAGCAGCAACUAGAACUAAUCGACAUCAUUCGAAAGGGAAUGUUCUAGUAUUCUUUCUGUUUUGUAGCUUCAAAACGCUAAACACACGGUUUUGCAGCAAAAUCUAGAAAACAUUGGAAACUUCUUGUAUUGGAAGUCCCAAGUCAGUCGAGAGGGGCGUAAUGGCGCCAGUACGUGACACACGGUGGUACGGGUUCGGGGUGACACUGUUCGCACUGGUUGCACUGGUGAGGACGGGCGUGGAAGCGUCAGAACCAACUGACAGCUACCGAUUGACGAGGAGCAGCAGCAGCGCAUCGACAACGUCCGCAAAGGAGACGGUGUCAACUUCAACUUCAUCAACCUCAACCGACGCUACUAUCAACCGCUGUCGCGAAGCCUGCCUGACAAAGCAUGCCGUACCCGAUAUGGCGUGCAGCCAAACGCGAGCCUGCUCAACGUGUUGGAGCAGCUGUACAUAUCCGGGAGCUCCGAGCCCAACAUUACCCUCCCGUAGAACGCCGCAACCCCGAUGUCAGCUUCAGCUCACCGUUCAACGGAUGAUACGCAACGAGUCUCUAGUCACAGCGGACGUCAGCUGGUCGGCAACAGUGUCGGACAUCUGCAACGGUACGCAAUUCGGACUACACGGCACAAACCAAUGUUUGGUCACGUGGGAAGUGUCCGGCGGUGGACUAAUGGGUAAUCUCCUGACUGAGUCUAGCAGCGUUCAGCUAUCGCUCUGGUCAGAUACAAACUACCGCGUGCAGGUUACAUGUCGCAGUAAGCAUUCCAGCUCACUGAUCCGGUCGGCACCGCUUGUUCUCAGCACGUCAGGUGCUAGCACCAUGCUGGAGGAAACCCGGAAAUCAACGCUACCGGAUGUAACGGCUUCCACCGUACAGCUGCUAAGCGAAAUCGCCGAAGGUGAUGAUGAUGAGGCAUUAGCCCGAGAGCUAGAUUCCUCCGAAGUGCUCGACAGGGAUGAACACCGCAAACGACCACCAGGUCGUCUCAAUCCGUGGCCAAUCGCACGUGAAAGCGAAAGUGAAAUCGCAAUUCUAGCACUUUUCGUCGCGAUGCUACUAUUUCUGCUCGUCCUGCUAACCAUCGUGAUACUGGUCAAAUGGCGACCCGGUCCGGCAGAACCCGAUCGGCACGAGAAAGACAUACUGGUGGAGAACGACGUUAUGGUUGAGAUACUGCACGUCUAGAAAUCUGUUCCAUCUGGGCCAAGCACCGCGGGUGACUGUAAAUAUUCAACGAUCGUAUCCAACCUACCACCCCAUUUUUGGGGUUUCGCAAUCGCGGGGGGGGGGG